AUGGCGAACAAGGCUUCUCAGUCCUUCCGCUUGCUUGACUUACCGGCUGAGUUGCGAAUCAUGAUCUACAAGCCUAUGCCGAAUUACACCUUUCGUACCCGAUACGUCAAGCGCAACGGCAAUGGAGACACUACGAGUAGCUUUACAAUCAUCAGAUAUACUGCACCCACAGCUAUGCUUGCUACAUGCAAGAUGAUUGAAGAUGAAGCCGAAGCGAUCAUCCUCAAGACUAGGCUGAAGAUUCAUCCCAUUCGAAUCGACGAGAGUCAUAUCCCUCUCCUGGGUUCCAUAACACCUCGAAUCGAAGCCGAUACUCGAGCUCUUUACUUUCUUGGAGCCGAGAAGGGGCCGGUCAAUACAAUCUCUGAAUGGUACUCUCGCAUCCAAACGAACCAACAUACAAAGUUUGAGGCCGCCUUUCCCAAGUGCACGUACGAUAUAUGCUCUCUACUCACUAAACACGGGUAUGUCAUGGAGGGUGGUACACUGGGCGAAGCAGCCCGUACUCUGGUGAACUUCGUUCGCAAAUCUGGAUACAUCCUUCAUAUUCGCGGCGAAAGGACUUGUUGGAAACCUAUCUUCGCCAUCACCCUGACGAAGGGCGCCAAUGUCGAGACAGGUACGACAAUUGCAUUGAAUGCGUUUGGCAACUCCGUAGUCAAUCGUACGGCUUCUCCGAAAAUCUUUUCGGUUGCGAUCCAUACUCUAUCCACCGUAUCUGCACGACAGGAAUCAGCUGUCCGCCGAGGAAUCGAUAUCAAUCUGGAGAAGCGCCUUGAUUCCGGUUGCUUUCUAUCUUCACCACAGUUUUUUGGUGCCAGUCAUAUAGACAAAAGGUUCAAGGAAACACAUGAUAAAUUCUGGACGGAGGGCGAGUGGGAUACUUGA